GAGACGAGCGUGAGGAGGUCAGCGGGCACCAGCACCCCUGCCCGCAGCCGCCUCGCGCUCGCGUCACGGCGGCGUUGGCUUGGAUGCUCGAGGGCGGCGGGAGCCGGGGCGCUCAGGAACACGAGGACUCAGUUGACUUUUAAGGCAGAUGAUCUUAUCAGGAGGAGGUCUGAAGGAAAGGCGAGUUACAGGUGGUAAAAAAUGAGCGUGAUGAUGCCCUGGUUGCUGCUGCUCCUUCUUCUGGUCAGCUUAGGCUCACCUGCCCCUAGGUUUUCGGAAAAGGAUAUCUGCCUCCUAGAUAACAACAAAUUAAGACAAAGGCUAAAACAGCUUCAGGAUUUGCUUUACUUAUAUGAACUACAGCUGAAGGACAUCUUGGAGAAUACUUACCAUAGAACGAAGAGUGAGCUGUUCUCAGGCAACAGGAGCGUGCAGCAUGAGGUGCUUUUACCUACAACCAGUGGAAAUUUGAUAGUCUAUGACCCAGAUUGCUCCUCAGUGUUUAAUAGGAAGAAGACUCAAAACGGAUACUACAGGAUCAGGCCCAGAGCAGACCGAGAGCCUUUCCUGGUAUACUGUGACAUGUCUGAUGGUGGGGGGUGGACUGUAAUACAGCGGCGGAGUCAUGGCAAGGAGAAUUUCAACAGGAAAUGGGAUGAUUACAAACUGGGAUUUGGAAAAUUCCAGGGGAAGAAUGAUGAAUACUGGCUGGGCAAUGAGCACAUCUAUGAUCUGCUUGCUCAAGGAGAGACCUCAUUAAAGAUUGACCUGAUGGACUGGCAUGGAGAAAGACGUUAUGCAAUCUAUGAAAAAUUCCAGCUCAUGAAUGAGCAGGACAAUUACAGGUUAUGGUUUGGCACUUAUUCUGGUAAUGCUGGCGAUGCUCUGUCUGGUGGGAGCAACUUUGAAGAACAGUGGUCAGCUUCUCACAGAGGGAUGCAGUUCAGCACAUCUGACAAGGAUCAUGAUCAAUUCCUGGUGGGCAACUGUGCGCUAGAGAACAAGGGUGGUUGGUGGUUUAACAGGUGCCAUGCCGUAAACCUCAAUGGACGACACUACAAAAGAGGAAGCUACAAUGGAUCCCAUGACAAUGGCAUUGUUUGGUCUACCUGGCAUGGGGUCUGGUACUCACUAAAAUACACAGCCAUGAAAAUUAGAGCUCCAUUCUUUAUUGACAGAGAGAGUGGAGAUGGUGAGAACAGCCAGGAUAGCUGAAAUCUGCUGCUUUGAAAAGAAGAAAGUAUAGGCUAAAAAGAAUUGUAGAAAUCAAUAGCCAGCCUUCUGCUGAUGCCAAUUGCAAACCUGCACUGAGAUAACUGGAGUUGCACCUGUUUCUACCAGUUGAGGCUAAAGUCAUGAGCUGUUUGAGCACAGCUAACCAACAAUCUAAUGGAAAAUAUAUGGAUCUCGGUCAUGGAAUAACCACAAUUUUCUUCUUCUAUAAUUCGCAGGACUUCAUUGGAGAGUGCUUAUAAGAAACUCUCCAGACCUUGGAUGAUCAAGCAUUUCUUUUAGCUAUCUGUACUCUUCAAGGGUUAAAUCUUUCUCAUCUUGAUUUUAAUGGUCAUUGUCUGAGUUAUGAGAGCAUAAAAACAGAAACAAAAGGGUGAUGAGGAAUUGGCCUUCUCUGCUGUGCCUUCAUUAUGGUUUUACUUCAGAUCAGGAGCAUGUUUUGAAGCAACUCUCUCUAUUGUCCCCCCUUCACACCCUUCAGCCUCAGAACAAUCCUGGUGUGUGUGAACUGGAUUCCUUUUGGAUGAAACCAAAGCAGAUGAUGCAGUCCAGCUGCUGAUGAGCAUCCAGACUAGACCUACUUAGAAGCAAACCUCCCAGAACAAAGACAGUGUGGACACUGGCUUUCAUUGCUAACAGCUUCACUCUGCAGAUCCACCGCUAUAGCGCACCGCUACAUGCUAAUGCAGACAUAGUUGAUGCUGCCAAUCAGACUCUACCCCAGAUUUAGAUUAUGUGGAUUUUACUAAAUUUAAGAUGAGCACAGAUAUUCUUAGGAGUUCAUAAAAUGCUGUCAUGAUUCAUUCGUAUUUUCUUCUGUAAAUUAACAGACAACUUGGAGUUACUAAAGGGAAAACAAAAAUGGAAAAUGAUUGAAACAUAAGGCACACUAAUUUCACUGUUGCAUCUAAGGGAAUUGAAAAAGAAAGCAACAAGAAUGACUGAAAGAAAUGGAAUACUGAAAAUUUCUUCUCUAAGAAGUUGUUAGUAACAGUUAAAAAUGAACAGUAAUAUGAGCUUGACACAAAUCAUUCAACUUUUGUGCUGUAGAAUGAGCCUAUUUUUUCUGAGUUAUAAUAAAGAUCUUCUAAACUGGUAGUUCUUUUCCAUUUAUUUGCUUUUAGAUCGAUACAUAUUGUAAUUUGCAUUAUAUAUCCAUAAAGUGUGAAAUAAAGCCAUCUGAGUAG